AAAAAUUCGCUGCUAAAAGUACGAAGAUAAAGUGCGUGAAAAUAACGUUAAAGUCAGUUUGAAAGCGUAACGUAUUUAUCGAAUUGCACAUUAACGGCUCGAGUGAAUUGCAAACAACACGUUGAUCGUCAGUUUUUGCACGCAACAACCUCGUGUAUUUAAUUUUUUUGCGCAUACAUUUACCGAUAUUUUUUGGUGGCUACACAGACAUAAGGCUCAGCAGACACACAAGCAUAGCGACAACGCAACGCAACGACGACGACGACGACAAGAACGAGCGACGACAACGACGACGGCGACGACGACGUGAAGCGCAGUGAAGAAGAAAAAAAAAAACAAGCGAAAUCGAAAGCAAAAUUUGUCGAGUCGCGUCAAAAAAAUCUUGAAAGUGUGUGCUAAGCUGAAAGAAUUCGAAACAAAAGUAGCUCGAAACUCCAAAAUAGAAUAGCGCAAAACACACACAGAACGUAAGUGAAGAAAAGGCAGAAGCAGUAGCAGUAGCAGCAGCGCAGCAUCGUUGCAAAUUACAGCCAAGAGGACGACAGGAAUCGGCAGUGACGUAUACAACUACUACUAAUCAGCAGCAGCGGCAGCAGCAGCAGCAGCAGCACAACAACAACCACAUCAAAAUGAAUAAAGCACCACAAUUUGAAGUUCCGCUGACCAUUGAGCCAGAGCAUGAGUUGCGCUUUAUUGGUCCAUUCAAUAGGCCCGUGGUGACAAUCAUGACCCUGAAAAACAACUCGGCCAUGACGCUGGUCUUCAAGAUCAAGACCACGGCACCGAAGCGCUAUUGCGUACGUCCAAACAUUGGCAAGAUUGCGUCCUAUCGUUCGACGCAGGUGGAAAUUUGCCUGCAGCCUUUCAUGUACGAUCAGCAGGAAAAGAACAAGCACAAGUUUAUGGUGCAGAGCGUCCUGGCACCGCAGGAUGCCGAUUUGACUGAUCUAAACAAGUUGUGGCGGGAACUGGAGCCGGAUCAGCUAAUGGACGCCAAGCUAAAGUGCGUAUUCGAAAUGCCGCCCGCCGAGGCGAACAACGCCGAGAACAACAGCGGCGGCGGCGGCGGCGCCGGCGGCAGCGUGGGCACAAAUCCGCCCACCUCACUGCUCGGCACCGGCGAGACGCUCAAGAGCGAUGCGCCGGCAAUGUCCGCCGUGGUCCAGUCAUCGAAUCUGUCCGAUGCUGCGGAGCAUGCCGAAGCCCUGGCGGCCGAGCUUGAGAAGAUACGCGAACAAAACAGCGAACUGCGAAAAGAGAAUCUACAUUUGAAGGAUCAAAUCACACGCUAUCGGAGCUCUCCGGCCACCAAGCAGAUCAACGAGCCGUAUGCUCCAGUUCUGGCUGAAAAACAGAUUCCGGUCUUUUAUAUAGCAAUUGCAAUUGCUGCCGCCAUUUUGGGUCUGUUGCUUGGCAAGUUUUUGCUCUGAAUGCCAUGAAUACAACAACUACAACAACAACAACAACAACAUCAGCAACAACAACAGCAACAACAGCAAGAAGUAGCAACAACAACGAACACAGCAGCAACAACAACAACAACAACAACAACAAAAACUAAAAAAAAAAUCCAUUUGCUGUGUGGCGGCAAUUCCCUAAAAGUUUAACAAUUGUUUAAAUAUUUGCUCACUUGAAAUUAAUAAUCAUUUCUGUUAUACUAUACUACAACAACAACAACAACAACAAGAACAAGAAGAAGAAGAAGAUGAACAUUGUCAAAAUAUUAAUUCAAUUGAGCAAAAUUUGUAAUUUGUUUUGGCCAUCGAAACUCUCAAAAUUAUGUACACACACACACACACAUACGAAACACACACACACAUAUAUAUAUACACACACGUAAUGGACACAUGUUUAUAUAAUGUAAUUGUUAAAGUAAAAACGAAAAUAACCGUAAGCAAAACUGCAACUUGCAUCAAAAAGUAAUCGGCAAUAGCAAACUACUUAAACAGCCGGAGAGAGUGAGAGAGAGAGAGAGAGAGAGAGACGGGUAGACAGUAGUCUCUCUUGCUCUCUCCCUUCUCUCCGUGCAGCCAGCAGCCAGUCAAUCAUUUGCAUGCACUAUAAAGCGUGCUCCCUCUUGUCUCUCUCUCUCUCGCUCUCGCCCUCUUAUUGUUACAUACUCUCUCUCUCUCUCUCCCUCUCUCUCUCUCUAUCGCUAUCGCUCCAUAAAAAGUUGAAUGCGGCGUUGCGCGUGCGUUGUUGCAUUUGCUGCUUACACAAUUUUUACCGCAUAACCUGCACACACACACACACACACACACACACAUGAUCCAUAUAUUUAUAUGCACACAUACACACAUACACACGACACACGCACACGCACGCACCCAAUUAUAAAUGGUUUUUGUUGUUUUGUGAGACGAAGAAGAAGAAGGAGAUGGAAGAAAAAACAAAAAAAAAAAACUCCGCACGCGCUGACCGCGAGGAAUUGUUUCAGCUAGCUGGGAAAAAAGUUAUAUUUAAAAUUUAUUUUAUUGUUUUUAUUGCACUUGCAUUUACUUUUAAUUCAUUUUGGAUUUGCUACGGUUCAUUUGCCAAGUAUAAACAUAUACACAUAUACAUAUAAAAACACACAUUAACUGUAAACAAACAUAAUAAAUGUCAAAGAAAAACAAAAGAGAAAAACUAAAAAAAAAAAAACAUAAAAAAAAAAAACAAACAA